CAAAAGGGCUGCAGUUAAUUAUUAAGAAUGGAAAAUGUGGUCUACCGUUACUUACAAAAUCCAGUAAAGGCAUACACUUACCAGGCACUUCAUUAGUACAAUUAGUCGGAGGCGAUUGGACAGUGCUUUUGGUUUUAACUUUAUUGAUCUGCCAGAGCUAAGCUGAAUAUGUUGUAAAAGGACAGCAGAACCAUUUUUGUUUGUUUGCCAACUGCUGAGAAAACAAUUCUUCACAAGCUUAAGUUUUAGUGCAGUAGAUUAGUGUCUAUCUUUUUAAUAAAAAGGCUUUCUUUGUAAGGUUACAUUUUUAUAAAGAGAACCAUUCAUUGUGUAGAUGUCAAGUUCUAAGUAUAAAGUCACCUGGAACUCUUGGUUUUUUUUUUUAGGACAUUUGACCUCUUAUCCAAAAUGUUUCUUCAGUUCUCAUCAUGCACUGGGAGUUAUUUGUUUAGAACAAUCUCACUAAUAGCAUGAUUAAGGUCGCAUGAUCCUCUGACCCAGCUGUUCAUUCUGUGAGUCAUUUGGGUUGCUGUGCAGUUAUUCUUAACAAACAAAUACAUAAGGUGUUUUUUGUGGUGUAAAUGAUUGUGAAACUGCCUGGGGAGUAAACAAUUCAGUACGCAGUCUUACGAAAGUAUUCAUCAGACUUCUUUUCACAUUUGGUAACAUUACAACCAUAAACUCCAAUGUGUUUAUUUGGAUUUCGUGUGAUAGACCAGCAAAUUAGACAGUGUGAUAAGUGGAAGGAAAGAGAUUGAACAAACAGUAUCAUGAAGACCAAGAAACGCUCUGGGUAGGUCAGAGAUAAAGUUGUGGAAAAAUUAAGAUAUGGACAAAUCCAUGACUCAAAAAUCUGCCUGGCUGACACUUUUUAUGGUGCAUUUUCAGUGUUACCAGAUGGAAAAACCAUAACAAUUUCCUUGAAGUUGGAAUUCUGUUUGGUAAAACUAGAGUUUGCCAGCAGUCACGAGUUUUAUACCCAAUAUGGCUGACUCAUAUAUAUGUUAUAAGCCUUUACUUCUGACAGUUUGCAUCUUAUUAACCCAAUCGCACACAUACUGUUAAAUAUCUAUUCGUGAACAUUUUCUUUUUGUGUUUGAAAACUUCUAACAGAGAGUAAUACAUUGUGAUUGGGCUUGUAUUGUUCAUGGCAAACAGUUAAUCUCAUUAUUUUCUGCUGGUAGAGAGUACUAAACUCGUUUGAGUUUAGUACUCAAAACGGCUUCAAAACAGAUCAAAUGUAGCAUGACUCAUUCACUCUACAAAUGAGUCAUGCAUGCUACAUUUAUGAGCAAGUGGCAAGAAGGAAGGCAUUUUAUGCCAGACUAACGCUAAACAAACAAACAAAACAAAACAAAAAAAAAAUUCAAAAGGCUUUUAUUUUACAAAACUUAAAACAGGAAGUUGUUUAAACUCCACAACUUGAAAAAAACAUGAACCGGUUGUUAAUCAUUUGUUUAUAUACGCAUAUAAAAAGCUGAAGCAUCGAGUUCAUCAAGGGUUUUCAACCUGAGACUCGCCAUAGAAAUUGAAAAACAAGCUACACGUAAACCAGACAUGAAGGUGCUAAAUAAAGACGAGCUUCAGAUCGCUGAGGGAGUUUUGCUUAAACAUUUCCCGAGGAGUUAUAAGGUUUACGGUUCCCUCUACACUUGUAAUAGGAACAAAACGAGCACUGCGGAAGUUGUUGUUGAUUCGUGGCCAGAAUUUAAAGUGAUCCUUUUGCGCCCGGAUCCUAAGAACAAGCGAUCCGAGGACUUCAUGAAGAGGGUGUCGUUCUUUAGCACAGAUGAGGAAGUUUUAAGGAAACUGUUGAGCGAAGAAGUUGACUGGAGCACUUAUUUCCUAAUUGGAGGAUUUGAUAUUUCCCAUGUGCCCACACUCAAAGAAGUUUCUUCAGAAAAAAGAGUGAACAACAGGAGCUUCACCUUGGUGCAUCUUAUGUAUCUUCCAGACAUCAGCCAUCUACGUGCACCAGAUGUUGACAGUCAACUUGAAUCAAGGAUUUCAUCUCUCAGCCUCUCCCACAUUGACAUGGUGAAUAAAACCUGGAAGUUUGGUGGGGAUGAGAAGGGUUACAGGCACUUUAAAAACAUUAUUAGCAACUUUCCAACCUGCUGCAUAUUGGACACUUAUGGUGUACCUGUGGCCUGGAUCCUGGUGUAUGAAUACUGCGCUUUGGGAAUGUUGUACACGCUUCCCGAGCACAGAGAAAAAGGUUAUGCCAAAGUUUUGAUCAGCACCAUGGCCAAAAAGCUCCAUGCAGAUGGCUACCAGGUUUAUUGUUUCAUAGAGGAAGACAACAUGGUGUCCUAUAAACUCUUCCAAAAUAUGGGCUUCGUUGAGGAUACUUCCUACAGAGCAGCAUGGUUUGAGUUUAACUUCUAACCUUGGAAAUGACUAUGAAGCAGCAGCUUUUAAUUUUUGUCAAAAUGUGAUUAAAUCUAAAGUGUAUUUUUCAAUUAUGCAUUAAAAGAUGGAUUUGCCUUUGCGUCAAAUUAAAUAAUAUUUUAGAUUCA